AUGAGGUUCUCUCAUAGCAUUCAGUUUAACGCUGUUCCUGAUUGGAGCAGUCACUAUAUUGCAUAUAGCAAUCUUAAGAAGUUAAUCUAUGGACUCGAGAAAACUGUUCACCAACCAGCUGUCUCCGAUGUCGAAACGCGACCGCUCCUACGCAAUGAAGAACCCGAAACCGUCUUCGGCCGCGCUCUGGAUGUGGAAUUAGAAAAGAUCUCGUCCUUCUAUGUCGUCAAGGAGAAGGAGCUAUUUGACGAGUUUGACGAUCUGAUGCGCGAUAUCGAGUCACUUGAUGCAGAUGGCCACGACGACCCUGAGCUUGCCCGGAGGCCAGUUUUGCAGCAGCAUCCUAUCAGCGAUCAAGUGACACAUACUCUUGGAACUCGGAGUUCUAAGAGCGCCCGUAGUACGCGCUCAACUGACGACGGUGUUGAGGAUAGCGAUGAUGACGACGAUCAAGAUGAGACCUCGGCUUUGAAUAGGAGGCGCCGCUUGAGCCUUGGCGGCCGACGUCGCACCGUCCCAAGUGCCAUGUUCGCUUCUACCGACUUGACGGCUUCGACAGAUCUUACCAGGUCGCGUAGGUACAGCGUCGGAUAUGAUGACUAUGCUGAGACGGCCCAGAUGUUUUCUUCCGGUAUCAUGCUGAAGAAGCGCAUCAUCAACCUUUAUGUGCAGCUAUGUGAGCUCAAGUCAUACGUACAACUGAACAAGACUGGUUUCAGCAAGGUGCUCAAGAAGUUUGACAAAAUCAUGGACAAAGAAUUCCGGCCGAAAUAUAUGAAGGAUGCCGUCGAGACUUCUUACCCCUUUCUACCCGAGACUGUCAAGCACAUCGAGGGGAGGAUCGCUAAGAUGGAGAAGGCCUAUGCUGAUAUAGUGACGCAUGGUGACGAGGCCCUCGCUAAGAAGGAUCUUCGGUCGCACCUUAGGGAACAUGUUGUCUGGGAACGAAACACGGUAUGGAGAGAUCUUAUCGGUCUUGAACGUCGCGCCGAAGCCGCAAGCCUUGGGAAAGGUCUUCUCGGCACCCAGAAUGACGGGAUGAAGGUGAUGCUGCAAGGUGACGAUACCCCCGUAACACCCAUGAAAGAGAUUGAGACACCAGUGGGACGCUUUACCUGUCCGACCUGGCUAUUCAGCUCUACUAUGUUUAUACUUCUUGGUAUUGUGACUAUCUUUUUGGUCCUACUCCUUGUUCCUAUCAUGGAGAUGCCCGAGCAGCAAAAUUGUUUGGCUAUGCUGGUGUUCGUAAGCUUACUGUGGGCUACUGAGGCAAUACCCCUUUUCGUGACUUCUCUAUCAAUCCCUUUCCUUUGCGUGGUUCUUAGAGUCGUCCGUGACGAUAUACCGCCGCAUAAGAGGCUAGACUCUGUAGAUGCCACCCCUUACGUCUUUGCGUCCAUGUGGACGCCUGUUAUCAUGCUACUGCUAGGUGGAUUCACCAUUGCUGCAGCUUUAUCCAAAUGUAAGAUCGACAAGCGGAUCGCGACCUUCGUUCUUAGUAAGGCGGGUACGCAACCGAGGACUGUACUCAUUGCCACUAUGUUUGUGGCUGCUUUUGCCAGCAUGCUUGUUAGCAAUGUAGCAGCGCCUGUUCUCUGCUUUUCGAUUAUCGAGCCUAUGCUGCGCAAUCUCCCUUCGGACUCUAACAUGUCCAAGGCGGUGAUCAUGGGUAUAGCACUGGCUUCCAACGUUGGCGGCAUGCUCUCCCCUAUCGCCUCACCCCAGAACGUUUUUGCGCUUAGCGUCAUGGAGCCGGCGCCGACGUGGGGCGAAUGGUUUUUUGUUGUGAUCCCCGUGGGCAUCGCAUCGAUUCUUCUAAUUUGGGUUCUUCUUCUUCUCACUUUCCAACCUGGCAGGGGUACUACGAUCGUACCGAUCAGACCAGUGAGGGAGCGCUUCACCGAAUUGCAGUGGUUCGUGUCAAUCAUAUGCAUUGCUACUAUCGGUCUCUGGUGUGCAAGUCACCAGCUCCAGUCGACAUUUGGUGACAUGGGCAUUAUCGCCAUUAUACCCAUCGUGUUAUUCUUCGGCAUCGGCAUACUCACCAAAGAAGAUUUCAAUAAUUUCCCGUGGACAAUCAUCAUCCUCGCGGCCGGCGGGUUGGCUCUCGGCAAAGCGGUGAAGUCGUCAGGACUCCUUCAUACGGUGGCGGAAAGAAUCUCUCACGAGGUGGACGGGGUAGACCUCUACGGAGUCCUACUAAUCUUUUCAAGUUUGACUUUAGUGAUCGCGACUUUUAUCAGCCACACAGUAGCCGCGCUAAUUAUCCUGCCGCUCGUAUCGGAUAUCGGAAAAGGCAUGGACGAACCGCAUCCUAACCUACUUGUCAUGGCCGCGGUACUCAUGUGUAGCGCAGCGAUGGGGUUGCCGACUAGCGGGUUCCCCAAUAUGAGUAACACCAUGCUCUCCGCAUUCACGGCUCGCCCCAUCAUCGAGCUGAAGCCGCGCGACAAGUCUAAGAUAGAAACGAUACUGGCUUAUGGCGACCGCGUUCUAGUCGGCUUAAACACAGGUUCUUUGAGGAUUUACCGCCUAAACGACCUGUCACAAUCUUCUACUACCAACGACCUUUUACGUGAAGUAGAGAAGUUCUCCACUCGCGCCAUCGAACAGCUUGCCAUUAUCAAGGAAUCCAAUAUCAUCGUUUCCCUCUCCAACUACCACGUCUCCCUUCACGAACUCCAAACCUAUGAACUAAUCGAAACGAUACCGCGAACCAAGAAUGCCACCUGCUUUGCUGUCACCAGUAACAUCGUUAAGGAUGCUGCCACUGGCAUACCCGAGAUUAUCAGCCGUCUCGCCGUAGCUGUAAAGCGGCGACUCCUGCUGUGGAGCUGGCACGAGAGCGAGUUACAUGACGAGGUUACCGAGAUUAUGCUUCCCGAAGCCAUCAGGACUCUCACCUGGGCAAAUGCGACUAAGAUCGUCUGCGGUAUGAAUGGGGGAUACGUACUAGUUGAUGUGGUUACUUUGGAAACGCAAGAUAUCGUGGGGCUGGGUGCCGCUGCGACUGGAGGGCAGGGCAGCAGGUUCGGCGCGGCUAGUAUGGGCUACAUGGGACUCGGAGGUUACAUGCCAAAGCCGCUAUCUGCGAGGUUAGCCGAGGGGCAAAUGCUGCUUGCAAAAGACAUCAACUCGCUAUUCAUCGAUGUGGAUGGGAAGCCGUUGGAGAAGCGCCAGGUGCCAUGGCAGAGCGCACCCGAGAGCAUUGGAUACAGUUACCCUUACAUCUUGGCCCUCCAGCCGCCCGCUAAAGGUACAUUAGAAGUGCGGAACCCGGACACUUUGAGUCUCCUGCAGACAAUAGAGCUUCCCGGAGCGGCACAGCUACAUUUCCCGCCACCGACCGUUAGUCUUGCCCACGCUGGCAAGGGAUUCCAUAUUAUUAGCGACCGUGCCGUAUGGAAAAUGGAGGCUACAGACUAUGAUACUCAAGUCAAGGAACUGAUCGACAAGGCUAAUUACGACGAAGCUAUAAGCGUGCUCGGCAUGCUUGAAGAUGCACUGCUGAAGGAUAAGACCGGCACCAUGCGCGAGGCCAAGAUGCUGAAAGCAGAAGUACUAUUCAAGAAAAGGAAAUUCGCAGAAAGCUUGGCUUUAUUUAAUGAGGACGAAGUGCACGCACCCGCUCAGAGGGUACUGAGGUUGUACCCUAGGAUAAUUGCUGGUGACCUUUCUGCCGAACCUACACGAGAGGAAACCUCAGAGGAGGAGGAAGAGCAAGAAGAGGAAGAAAAAGCCAACGGCGACAAGGCCGCUAAGGGCGACACGCCUGUCGAGGUCGCGUCCCCGUCAAAACCGGGCGCCUUCGCAAAGUAUUGGAUGGGGCAUCGCAAAACGGAUUCUGAUACAGCGUCCAUCGCAUCCUCUAAAAGGGGCGGGACUGAUAAUGAAGACGCCGCAAGCGUGAGGGUUAAGCCGAAGAAGAAGAAGGGCGCGGAUGAGGAUAGGCCGUUAGAAGGAAAAGACUUAGUCAAGGCCGUUCGCGAACUGAACGGCUACCUGGCUGGUACUAGAGCUCGUUUACAGCGAUGGAUCGACCCGGCAACUGGGAAGUUGAAACCGCGCAAGACAGAAGCUAACCUCGACUCUACGAUAAACUUGCAUGAGAGCCUCGACGUUCUACUUACAAACUCCCACUCGGAGUCUGAUGAACAACUUGAGCACGAGCUAAAGCAAACUUUUACCCUAGUUGAUACAGCACUGUUCCGUGGGUUAAUGUUUGUUACCCCGACGCUUGCUGGCUCUCUCUUCCGCAUUCCGAACUUCUGCGAUCCCGCAGUAGUCAACGAGCAUUUGCUUAAGCAUAACCGGUAUAAUGAGUUAGUCGAUUUUUUCUACGGCAAGAAGCUUCACCGCGAGGCGCUCACCCUCCUUCGCAAGUUCGGCAACGCGGAAACAGAGGGGGAGUCAGCUAAGCUUGAUCUCAAUGGGCACCUCCGAGGUUCGCAGAGGACAGUCGGCUAUCUACAGAGUCUACCGCCGGAGAUGAUCGAUAUCAUUCUCGAAUUUGCUGACUGGGUCCUGCGGCGGGAUCCCGACCAAGGUAUGGAAAUUUUCCUGGCAGACAGCGAAAAUGCCGAGACCUUGCCGCACGUCAACCUGGAAAUCCGGUACCUGCAGCAUAUUAUUAUGGAGUUAGAAGACGGCACGCCAGACUUUCACAACCGGUUGGUAGAGCUAUUGGUCCAGGCACUAAAAGAAGGCGAGCGGGACGAAGCCUGGAGUAAGAAGCUGGAUAGUCUAGUAGCAUUCUUGAAAGCAAGCCAGCAGUACAGCCUCAGCAAAGCACUAAGCAUAAUUCCUCGUGAUGAUUCAGCAUUUUACGAAGCUCGGGCUAUAGUAUUUAGCAACAUGGGCUCGCACAAGCAAGCACUAGAGAUCUACGUAUUCAAUAUGCAGGACUAUACUAAAGCGGAGGAGUAUUGCAAUCACAUUCACGCGCUACCUAGCUCUCGCCGGGAAUCCUUUGCCGCGUCGUUGUCCGUAGACGAGGAAGAUCGCGACCCCGACUCGAAGCCGUCUAUCUACCACAUGCUUCUCUCGCUAUACCUAAAUCCGCCGGCGCCUAACAAGCCGAAUCUAGGCCCAGCCUUGUUACUCCUUUCGAGACACGGUUCGCGUCUACCGGCAGAGUCAACUUUGUCUCUUAUACCAGACGACUUGCCCGUGACGGGGCUGGAAUCGUACUUCCGAGGCCGGAUUCGCGCAGCUAAUAGCGUGGUAUCGGAAUCGCGCAUCAUCGAGGGGCUUCGCAAAACACAGCUCGUCAAUACGCAAGCGCUGCUACUGCUAGGCGACGGUAUCUCCGGCGGGCAGAGCGGGCGCAGCAGGAAGGUGGUCAUCGGUGAGGAGAGGGUAUGCGGCGUCUGUCACAAGAGGCUAGGCAAUAGCGUGGUAGCAGUGCUCCCGGACAAUAGCGUAGUCCACUACGGAUGUCUGGGGAGGCGAGGGCGUAGCACGAGCGGUAGCCGGAACGAGGUGAUCGCUGGGUCAUGGGGGAGGCACGGAUAA